AUGGGGGAGGUCAUCCCGGGCAUGAUCCGGUGGAGCGGGUUAAAGCGCAGGACGCAGGUCCUGGACAGGGUCUUCUCAUCCUCUCAGCCCAACCUGUGCUGCUCGGCCGUGGACUCCCUGCCCUCCAGCGCCCCUUGCAGCAGCCCCAGCAGCAUCGCCAGCACCCCGGAGCCCGGGUCCACCCUGCGUCGCCUGCGGGACCAUCUACUGCCCCACUCCAGGGCGGCACAGGGCAGGGAUGGGAGCUCACAGCAAGCUGGCACCAAGAGUCCGAGAGCUCCUGCAGUCUGUGGGCAUCAGCUGACCCAUCAGAAGAGCUCCUCUCUGCCGGGCACUGACUGCAUAGAGCAUCUCCUGCGGCCCGCCAUCAGCACCAGGGACAGCAACUACACAGUAAGUCCUUUACUUUCAAUGCUUUUAUUAUUACUGGCACUUAUACUGCCAUGGCUGCUGUUACUGGGAUUUAUACUGCCAUGGCUGCUAUUACUGUGA